AUAUAAAUCCCUGGGGCAGCCUCAGGAGCCACAUCCUCUGCACCAUUCAGGGAAGCUUGGGAACACCUCUGCCAGCACCAUGGUGAACUGGACAGCCGAGGAGAAGCAGCUCGUCACCACCCUCUGGGGCAGGGUCAACGUGGACGAGUGCGGCGCCGAGGCCCUGGCCAGGCUGCUGGUCGUCUACCCCUGGACCCAGAGGUUCUUCGUCUCCUUCGGGAACAUGUCCAGCCCCACCGCCGUCCUGGGCAACCCCAUGGUCCGUGCCCACGGCAAGAAGGUGCUCACCUCCUUCGGGGAAGCCGUCAGGAACAUGGACAGCGUCAAGAAAUGCUUUGCUCAGCUGAGCAAACUCCACUGCGAAAAGCUGCACGUGGACCCCGAGAACUUCAGGCUCCUGGGUGACGUCCUGGUCGUCGUCCUGGCCUCCCACUUCGGCAAGGAAUUCACGCCCGCCUGCCAGGCUGCCUGGCAGAAGCUGGUCCGUGUGGUGGCCCACGCGCUGGCCCACGAGUACCACUGAGCCCCCUGGGAGCCUGCCUGCCUGGAGACACUCCUGGGGAAUCUCCUCGGGUCCUGCUGGGCUCCAGUCACACAAUAAACCAGCUGCUCCAGCCACC